UCUCUCUCUCUCUCUCUCGGUUCCCUGUCUUUAUCAGCUUCUCAAGUUACUUGUUUCAGUUUCCGAUGAUCGUCUCUAAGUUAUUUGUUUGUUUUCUCUCUUUCAUCAGGAACUUGUAGUUAUCAUUACCGGCGGUGUUAGGUUUCUAUCAUUUGUCUUCUGUCUUCGCCGUCACUACCUUCAAAAGCCUUAAUCCGUCGACAUAACGCAAGUUUAUCUCCUUCAUUGCUCGAUAUGGAUUCAAAGAUAGCUCCUCAGAAGCCUGAUGAUUCUGAGUACGAGAUCAUUGAAGGUGGCUCCGAGAGCGCUUUAGCAACCGGUGCUAGCCCCUGGAUGAACUCUGCAACUUUGAAGCUUCGCCACCGGAUUGGAAGAGGUCCAUUUGGUGACGUUUGGUUGGCUACUCAUCAUCAGUCUACCGAGGACUACGAUGAGCAUCAUGAAGUCGCCAUCAAAAUGCUUCAUCCCAUCAAGGAGGAUCAGAGGAAGGUUGUGGUUGAUAAGUUUGAGGAUUUGUUUUCCAAGUGUCAGGGGGUUGAGAGUGUCUGUAUGCUCCGUGGUGUCUCUAGUAUCAGUGGAAGGAUAUGUAUUAUCAUGAAGUUCUAUGAGGGCUGUGUUGGUGACAAGAUGGCUAGGCUUAAAGGAGGAAAGCUUUCACUGCCUGAUGUGUUGAGGUACGGCGUUGAUCUGGUUACAGGGAUCCUGGAGCUGCACUCAAAAGGGUUUCUGAUUCUUAAUCUCAAGCCCUCUAACUUUCUUCUCAGUGAUAACGACAAGGCCAUCCUCGGAGACGUUGGAGUCCCUUAUCUCCUUCUUAGCAUCCCUCUGCCGAGUUCUGAUAUGACAAUGAGGCUUGGAACUGCAAACUACAUGGCUCCAGAGCAGUGGCAACCGGAAUUAAGAGGUCCCAUGUCCUUUGAGACUGAUUCUUGGGGGUUUGGAUGCAGCGUUGUGGAGAUGCUGACCGGUGUACAGCCUUGGUCUGGCAAAUCCGCCGAUGAGAUUUACGACUUAGUGGUCAGGAAGCAAGAAAAGAUUAGCAUCCCCAGUGGUGUACCGCCUCCUCUGGAGAAUCUACUUAGAGGUUGCUUUAUGUAUGAUCUUCGAAGCAGACCAUCGAUGACAGACAUCUUACACGUCUUGAAGAGCUUGCAGGACUCAGAGGAGGAAGAGGUGUGGAGAGGCAUUGACAGUAGAGAGAUCAGGAAGAGCUCGGCUGCUCUCGGUUACACAGAAUGGUUUCUUUCAAAGGAUCAACUCCGAGUGGGCGACACGGUGCGUUCAAGAAAGCCUGCCAAUUCUUUUAAGCAUGAGAACAUGGAUGUGCCAGAAGGAACAGUGGUUGGUCUAGAACGUGACACCGAUCCAGAUGAGUUUGCUCUCGUUAAAGUCCAUGGUGUUCAUGAUCCGUUAAGAGUUCAUGUCUCUGUUCUUGAACGGGUAACUAACGGCUUAGCUGCUGGAGAUUGGGUGCGUCUGAAGGAUGGAGAAGACAAGAGGCACUCUCUUGUUGGUGUUAUACAUUCAAUAGACCGUGAGGGUAAUGUAGCUGUUGGGUUUAUAGGGCUGCCAACUCUCUGGAAAGGAACUUCAUCGCAGCUUCAGAUGGCUAAAGGAUACAGUGUGGGUCAGUUCGUGAAGAUCAAAGCCAAUGUCGUCAUCCCAAGAUUCAAGUGGAUGCGUAAAGGUAGAGGGAUUUGGGCAACGGGCAGGAUCUCUAAGGUUUUACCAAACGGUUGCCUCGAGGUGGAGUUCCCUGGAGCGUUGCCUUUCGGAGAGGAACAUGGAAGCAGCUGUCUUGCGGAUCCAGCUGAAGUGGAGAUUGUGGACUUCAACACAUGUGAAGGAGUUGUGAAAAAGUAUCAGCAUCUGGAGGACUUUCACUGGGCUGUGAGACCUUUGCUGAUUGCCAUGGGUCUGUUGACAGCGAUGAAGUUGGGGUUGUUAGUUGGGAAGAAAGCAGGAAGAUCAAAGGAUGGGAAACAGAGGGAUGGCUCUGGUGGACAAGGUGGUGAUUGUCAGAUUGUUGAUGGUCAGGACUCUGGCAAAUCAAAGUGGCUUGUGUUCAGUGUUUAAGGAUAUUGCUUUGGUCUGGUAAUGCUCUUAUAUAAUCUAUGUAUGGGUACAUGUACAUAAUAACAUUGUUUCACUUUCUUUGAACGUAGUAAGACUCUUGUAUGAUGUUUGAUGGUAUCAAGCAUAUAACAUCAUCUUUUAUAAAACCA